AGGGCAGCGGGAGCGCGCUUUCCGUGUCUGGUUAGUGGACUGACAGCCAGCUGUGCGACUAUAUCAACAAUCUCUUGGAUUUGCUGCGUACAACCGUAUUGUUGUUGGUUUGCUACUAAUUCUAAUCAUACACUAUAGCUGUUUAUUUUUUUUAUUGGGUACUCGACAGCACACAGCUAAAACCAGUUCAUCGGCGGUUUCUGUGCUAACUAGCUAGAAGAGCAGUCCUCCAACAUGAAUCCGUUGUGUAGCAGAUGUAAUCUAGUCGUUUACCCCACGGAAAAAGUGAAUUGUCUGGACAAGUACUGGCAUAAAGGAUGCUUCAGCUGCGAGGUCUGCAAAAUGACUCUAAACAUGAAGAAUUACAAAGGCUUUGAGAAGAGACCAUACUGCAAUGCACACUACCCCAAGACAAACUUCACCUGUGUGGCUGACACUCCAGAGAACCUCCGCCUCAAACAGCAGAGCAAGAUGCAGAGCCAGGUUCUCUACAGGGAGGAUUUUGAGAAGAAUAAAGGCAAAGGUUUCAGCGUGGUUGCAGACACGCCAGAGUUGCAGAGAAUUAAGAAAACACAAGACCAAAUCAGCAAUAUUAAGUACCAUGAGGAGUUUGAGAAGAGGAAGAUGGGAGGAGAGGGCCCACCAAGCAGCCCAAGCCCAGGAGCUUACCAGCAGUCUGCUGCAUCUCAGAACUUCCACUAUGAGCCUGCUCCUGAACCAGUGCGCCAGGCGGCUGCUGCCCCACCUCCCAGCGCUGGGAAACGAUACAGGGCCGUGUACGACUAUUCUGCAGCUGACGAGGAUGAGGUGUCCUUUAUGGACGGAGAUGUGAUCGUCGACGUCCAGCAGAUCGACGAAGGCUGGAUGUAUGGGCGCGUGGAGCGCACCGGCCAGCAGGGAAUGCUUCCUGCCAACUACGUGGAGGCCAUUUGAGAAAAAAGGAUAGAAAAAGAGGAAGAGAAUGAGGAGGAAAAAGAAAGGGAGGGAAAGAAGGAAAGGAAAAGCCCAGUGCCAUCUCAUCUUAACACCGCUUUCUCUUAAUUUUACUCUUGUUCCUUAAUCUGUUCUGUGAGACCCUAAACCCCAGCUCCCCCCCUUCUGCAUCCCUGCUCCGCUCCCACUGUUCGCCAACCUCGGUUUGUCUGUCCUUGUCCGUCUGUCGAUCUGCUUCUCUAUCUGUGCUGAUGUCUGUCUGUUUCUUCUUUGUCCGUUUGCCAUUUUGGCUUCACUCGUGUGCAAGUGGAAGCUGUAAGUCUUAAAAGAUAAACUCGCAGUUCAUAGCAGUAUGUCAGGGGUCAUAUCAUGUCACACAGCUCCAUCCUAGCUGUAGCACUUAACAAACCUGAUGCAAAAACAAUGAUUAAUAAAAGGAUUAAAUAAAUCCCCCACAAGUCCAACACUGCAAACCGAUUUCUGUGGAGAAAAUCAGCUUUUGUUUUUUUUUUUUUUGUUUGUUUUUUUCCUUUGCUGUCUUUAAUUUUGCAGCUUGAUCUUGGCCAGACUGGAAACUUUGUGUUGAAUCUCAGUCUAUCAGAUGUAAGCUUGAAUUUUACUUUGACUUGUGAACAUUCCUUUAACCUCUAACUCUGUGUCUGUUGCACCGAAUCAGCCACUUAUCAGUCAGAACAGAGAGGUUUUUAAUAUAUUUAUAGAUAAACACACAUCUCACUAUUGUCUGCACAUGUAGGCACCGUCGUGUUCAGCACUGCAUUGUGGGUAUUGUGAAACUGGAAUUGUAGCCUAACUGAAGAGCUCCUCCUGUCAUUGCCUUUCUCUGGCGUCUUAAAUACAGGAGGGAUCAGGGACAAGUUAGGGGACAUUAUCAGUCUAUCUCUUGCAGCCACACUGAUUAAACCACCUCAGUGUGUUUUGUUCUGUGUAAUACACUUUUAUUCCUUUUUUUUGUUUGUUUUUUGGUUUUGUUUUUUUUUUUUUGCAGCCUAAAUGCCUUCAAGUCCUGAGAGAAUCACAAAGGUGUGGCAAUUCUUAAAUAAUUUAGUAAAAAGGAGAUUGGAAAUGUGAAUAAAAUGCAUUUAUAAAAGAGAAGGCCAAGCACAAAUUUCUAUUAUUUUAGAUUCAUUCCAUUGUUUUUGUUUGAGAACAUUUCAGUCUUCUUUUACCAUUUAAUGUGAGACAAAUUGUUAAAUCCUUUGCUGUGGUAAAUGGUGUUUAUCUCAUGCUGUUCUUCCAACUGUUUUCUUUGCUUUUCUUAUAAAAUGCUCGGUUUUCAAAAAAAAAAAAAAGAAAGGAAAAAAACUUCCACUGUACUAAUUACAUAAAGCAGAGGGUCCAUUUUGGGAACUAAGUAAACAGUUUAUGUAGAGUGAUGCAGUCACAGUAUUGGAUCUGUGGUUGGAUUAGUCGUCUGGCAGUUUUACUUCUAGUUAAAACUGCUUGUUGAUGAUGCCUGUUUCUGAUCAUUCAAUCACCAUUCUUUGUUUUUUUUAGUUUUGCCACCUCCAAAUAAAAUUGUUACAGGACAGUGUUUAAAAUACACAUAAAAAGAAAGUUUCGUUGUAUGGUUUGGUUUCUUUUUUGUUGUUCAGUAUGGUCAGUAGCAAUCAGCUGCCCAAUAAAUCUGAAGACAGUUGGCUUGUGUGUGGAAAAAUAAAUGAUAUACUGGAAAAAAAAACAUAUUUCUUCCACUGCAGAUAGAGUAACUGAGGAUCUUAAACUUUAAAAAAAAAAAAAAAAAAAAUUAAAUUCUCUUUUCUCUGUGGUGUAAACGUGACCACCAUCCCACUGACCAUACACUCUUCCCCUUUAUUUUAUGUCUCAUUCUUCUGUGAUGCACUGUGACCAUCAUUGGAGUGAUCAUGGCGGUGCGUUCUGAGUUGGGGCAGGUUGACAUGGGGAGCCAAACAUGUUCAGCUUUAUUGAAUGAAACAAUGCUCUCAUUAUGUAGCUAGAUUACAUUGUAUAAUUGUAUAUGCAUCACAAAGGUAAGUUAGGGAAAAGGUUUUUACAGGUCAUGGUGCUUUGGAAAGGGGCUUGCCUGCAGGUGAAAGUGGUUCAUAUUUUUGUAAAUGUGGGGAAAUGAUAUGUUUGUUUUUUUUUAAGUUGACUCAUGGAAAAGUACACUUAAGUGGAAGUUGUCUCUUGUUGUAAAACAUCAAAUUUAACACUUAAAAGGCACCUAAUUCUAAAGUUUAGGUUAUGAAACAACAUGAAUUAACACUCAGCAGGACAAUGCACAUGAUGCUUUUUGAAUCAAUCGCUCUCUAAUAGGAGUUUUAAAAAACAGAUGCCAAGUAGUGAAAAGUGAUUUAAAAACUGUUUCACUGUUGGUUUGUCUAAUAAUGAAAUGUCUCCAAGUUUAUUAUAAUGAUCGUUAAGGUUUAAAUUAAACAUGCUCACAUUGGUACCAUCUAUCCAAUCCAACUAUCUUUGACCUCAAAGUUAUUGUUGUUGUGGGUUAAGAUAAAAUUUAAAAAGUGGCCAAAGACGGCCAGUGUUAAGUGUGGCUCAGGAUGGGUUGGUAAUGCAUGUGAUGAUGUGUGUGGGGCUGCGGGCGACGGAGGGCAGAUGCUCUCAGUCCCCCUGCCUGUGAGGCAGGGCAAGUUGUUUGUCUGACCUGGAUAUUAGUCAGGAGUUGACCUCUUUGCGCCAAAUGCCGCUCCUCUGCUCUGGCAUCACUACUGAACCAUAACGUAUCAUAACCCACCCCCUCUCUCCCUCACUUCCAGGCUAGCAUCCUGUCCCACUCUUCCCCCCCAUGCAGUCCCUCUCUCCUUCAGCCUUCAUCGUAGGCUUCAUUUUGCGCUUCUGAUGAAUCAUUCCCUGCUUCUAUGAUACUGGUUAUAUACUGUAGACUUUGCAGAGUGAAUCGUAUAAUCCACAACUGCAGGUUAAGCAUUCAGACCAGUUUUGUGCAUUCCAUCUUAAUUGUUUUUGUUUUUUAAUAUAAUUUUGUUAUUUUUUAAAUAAAAAGUAAAGAUAUCAUAUGCAUAUUGUCAUACACAUGUAUUCAAAGCUCAGAAUACAUACUCAGAUUAAGGACCUGAUAACAUUUCCUGUUGCCCUGUUACAGCACUUCAAAUUGUACUUAUGAUUCUGCAGAUUCAAUAAAAUGUCAUUGUUUUUCUCA